AUGUCUUCCACCCUCUCCACCAAGGCCCCCUCAACCGGCCUCCUCGCCUCCAGGUGGGCCACGAAGCCUUCCGAGAGCACUGCCCCCCAGCCCAUCAUCACAACCGGGCUGCUCACUUCCAGGAGGGCCAAGUCAACCCCAAGCCCCACAGCCGGCCCGACCAAGUCCAAAUGGGCCUCCGAACCGACCCCCACAGAACCAAAGGUGGUCACCACCAAAGCCGAGACAGCCACCACCGAAGUCGAGGCCCCCAAAGCCGAGGUCACCGAAGUCAAGACCGCCGCCACCACCAGCACCGAGCUUCAGGCUGCUGCCCCAAAGGCUGAGCCGAAGCAAGAAAAAAAGAGCUGGGCCGAUCUCGUCGACGAAGACGAUGACGUUGCCAACUUCGUCUUCAACCUGCCGGAGCUCAACAAGGAGAACAUUCCGCUCCAGCAGAAGGACCAGCACAAGGAGGCCACCGCCGCCACUCCCACCACCACCACCAAGGAGUCCGCCGCCUCUGCCACUCCCACCACCACCGAGGAGGAGCCGACCAAGAGGCCGCAGACCAAAGACCUCAAGCCGCCGCCCAGCAUGCUCGCCUCCCGCUGGUCCGACGCCGACUGCGAGCUGCCGCCCGCCCAAUCGCGCGCCGAAUACCGCGCCACUCACGAGCAGCAUCCAACCAACAACAACAACAACAACAACAACAACAACAAGAAAAAGGCCCCACGUCGCCGUGGCGGUCGCCGUGCCAACUGA